UGUGAAGGAGAAGAAGGGGAUCCUACAGGAGAAUCUACAAUCUACCUCUGUCUGUGCAACAAGAAAAGGGAAAAAAAAGCCCCGGACUCCGGCUCUCCUGCCUCCCUAUCACGCGCCGCAAGUAGCGGGUCUUCGGGCCGGACAGCCGCACGCAGCAUGCACGCGUGCUGGAGCGUCUCUUUCUCUUUUUGAUUCUUUUUAAAAAAAAAAAAAAAUCGCAAAACAAGAAAGCGGAGCCGCGUCUUGUCAGCGCUCCCACACGGCGGAGAUCUCUCUCAAAUCACGGCUCUGACUGUAGAGAGAAAGGAAAACGGGGUGUUUCCUGAGAUUAACUCUAAAAAAGAGCACUUUUUUGUCGCGCUCUCUGCGGGACUUGGAAGGGGUUUUUUUUUCGGCGAACGUGACGCCACGCAUGCCUCAGCCAUCGAGUCAGCAGCGCCACAAAUCACCCUCAAGUCCGCUGAAAGGUCGCCCCGAACGGGCCGCUCCCGCAUGCAAGUCUGCGUCUCUUUAUUUCCCAAACAGCCGCACUUUGAUCUGCGGGAAUAUGCGUGUUGCUUCCCGAUGUGGGAUUUGAUUGAGGGGAGGCGCUGAGAGGAAAACUUGACUUGUGGCCUCGAGUCGGGUGGCGGAGCCAGGCGAGGCGGAGAGGCUAGCCGAGCUAACGCUGACGCGAGCCCCCCCCCCCCCCUGCUCGGAUAAUAAGUCUAGCUUAUGUGCUAUUUCCCCCCCCCCAGCAACUCGGACAAACUAAACUUUAAUUUAAAGAAGAGGUCGGAAACCACCAGGAGGGCAGCGAUGGCCCGUGCUGGCGCUUGUUAAGUGCUGUUUUCCAUGCGGUGGCUAACUUUAGCCGCAGCAGCGCUAGCUUGUGUUUGAGUGAACACGUUGGACUCGUUCCUCCGCCCAUCUUCCGGGAUGUCUUUUGUUUAUUUUUGUUUACCUGUGGGCCCACGCCGCAAAACAAAACCAGUUUCCUGAAGCUUUUCCGUCCCCACUUUGAACUGAGCACCGAGCCGAGGAUAUACCCCCCGCGUGUGACCGGAGAGCCGCUGGGUGUCUCGCCCCGAUUCAGCGAUGUGGCUCCGGACUUUGUGUUUGGCUGCGGCCGCUCUCUGCUGUGCGCUGAGCUGUCAUCCGGCGAGCGGAGAAGUCUGUCCCAGCAAAGACAUCCGCAACAAUGUGACCAACCUGCAGACCUUGGAGAACUGCACUGUGAUCGAAGGCCACCUGAAGAUCCUCCUCAUGUUCCGGACCAAGCCCGAGGAUUUCCGCGGCCUCAGUUUCCCCAAGCUGAUGGUGGUCACCGACUACCUGCUCCUCUUCCGCGUCUAUGGCCUGGGGAGCCUCAGCGACCUGUUCCCCAACCUGACCGUCAUCCGGGGCACCCAUCUGUUUUUCAACUACGCCCUGGUGGUGUUCGAGAUGCUCCACCUGCGAGAGAUCGGCCUCCACAGCUUGAUGAACAUCACCAGAGGGGCGGUGCGGAUCGAGAAGAACCCCGAGCUCUGCUACCUCUCCACGCUGGACUGGUCCAAGAUCCUGGACUCGGUGGAGGACAACUACAUCUUGGACAACAAGGAGGACCGAGAGUGCGGAGACGUUUGCCCCGGCGCCGCCGUCGGCAAGACCACCUGCCAGACGACCACCAUCAACGGGCACUUCAGCGAGCGCUGCUGGACGCAAAACCACUGCCAGAGAAUGUGCCCGGUCCAGUGCAAACACCGCGCCUGCACCAAGGACGACCAGUGCUGCCACGACCAGUGUCUGGGCGGCUGCCUGAAGCCCCACUCGGCCGAUCACUGCGUGGCCUGCCGCGGCCUCCAGCACGAGGCGUCGUGCGUGGAGCGCUGCCCGAAGGACCACUUCAUCUUCAAGGGCUGGCGCUGCGUCUCCUUCGCCUUCUGCCAGGAUCUGCACAACAGAUGCAAGCGGGAGAAGGAGCGCAGCAAGAGCCCCGACUGCCACGAGUACGUCAUCCACAACGGCACCUGCAUCCCCGAGUGUCCCUCCGGCUACACCACCGUCAGCGCCACCUCCCUGAGCUGCGCUCCCUGCGAGGGACUCUGUCCUAAAGUGUGCAUGGGCCACAACUUAGUGGACUCCGUCACCGCCGCUCAGGCCUUAAGAGGCUGCACCAUCCUCAACGGGAGCCUGGUCAUCAACCUGCGCGGAGGAAACAACAUUGCAGCUGAACUGGAGGCCAGCCUGGGUCAGCUGGAGGAGAUCACCGGCUACCUGACAGUGCGACGCUCCUACGCCCUCGUGUCCCUCUCCUUUUUCCGCAAGCUGCGCGUGAUUGGCGGAGAGGAGCAGGAAAUCGGGAACUACUCCUUCUACGCCCUGGAUAACCAGAAUCUGCGGCAGCUCUGGGACUGGUCCAAACACAAGCUGAGCAUCCUGCGGGGACGCAUGUUUUUCCACUACAACUCCAAGCUCUGCAUGUCCGAGAUCCGCAAGAUGGAGGAGGUGACGGGAACCAAGGAGAGGCAGGCCAAGAACGACAUCGCCUCCAAGACCAAUGGGGACCAGGCCUCAUGUGAGAACCACGUGUUGAAGUUCACACAGAUUCGAACGAUGAGCGAUAAGAUCAUGGUGAAGUGGGAACCGUUCUGGCCUCCUGACUUCAGGGACCUGCUGGGCUUCAUGGUGCUCUACAAGGAAGCACCCUAUCAGAACGUCACAGAGUUUGAUGGGCAGGACGCCUGCGGAUCCAACAGCUGGGUGAUCGCCGAUGUGGAGCCGCCGCGUCGAGCCACGGAGGGGGACAAGGAGCAGUUUGAACCGGGUCACCUCAUCCUGCCCCUGAAGCCCUGGACACAGUACGCCAUCAUGGUGAAAACCCAGCUGUCGGCGUCUGAUGAGCACCAAAUCCAUGGGGCCAAGAGCGAGAUCAUCUACGUUCGAACCAACGCCACAAAGCCCUCGGUGCCUCUGGACCCCAUCUCCUCCUCCAACUCCUCCUCCCAGAUCAUCCUCAAGUGGAAGCCCCCCAACGACCCCAACGGCAACAUCACCCACUACCUGGUCUUCUGUCAGAGCCAGCCCGAAGCCAGCGAGCUCUCCAAGUUCGACUACUGCCAGAAGGGGAUGAAGCUGCCGUCUCGGGCUCCCACUCAGGUGGACAGCGACGAGGAGCAGAAGUGGAACCAGACGGAGGAGCAGGGUCCCGGGACGCGCUGCUGCGCCUGCCCCAAAACCGACAAGGAGCUCAAGAAGGAGAAGGAGGACUCCGAGUAUCGCAAGACCUUCGAGAAUUACCUGCACAACGAAGUCUUUGAGAUCAAACACUCCAGACAGCGGCGCUCCGUGAUGGGCGUGGCCAACCGGACCCUCCCCGUCCUCGCCACGGCUCCCAGCCUGCCCGAGGGGCAGGGCGCCACGUACGACGAGGGCGACGGCUUCGAGAGCAAGACGGUGGUCACCGUCCACGCCAAGGAGUCCACGGUCAUCUCCAACCUGCGCCACUUCACCAGCUACCGGAUCGAGAUCCACGCCUGCAACCACCCGGUCGACCCGGCCCGCUGCAGCCUGGCGGCGUACGUCAGCGCGCGCACGAUGCCCGAAGACAAAGCUGACGACAUCUUGGGUCCCAUCAACUGCGAGGUGACCAAAGACACGGUGCACAUCACCUGGCAGGAGCCGGCCUCCCCCAACGGGAUGAUCAUCCUGUACGAGGUCAACUACAAGAGGCUGGGAGACACUGAGGAGCUGCACUACUGCGUGUCCAGGAACAUGUACAACAUCACCCGCGGCUGCAAGCUGAAGGUGAUGCAUCCUGGGAACUACACGGUGAGGAUCAGGGCCACCUCGCUGGCCGGGAACGGAUCUUGGACUGAGCCCACGUAUUUCCACAUCGAGGACGGCAUCGAUCCUCUUCACGUCUUCAAGAUCAUCAUUGGGCCCGUCAUCUGCUUCGUGCUGCUGCUGUGUGUGGCCGUGGCGGGAUUCGUCAUGUUCAAGAAGAAUCAAACUCAAGGGCCCAGCGGUCCAAUCUACGCUUCUUCCAACCCUGAAUAUCUCAGUGCUAAUGACGUGUACGAGGAGGACGAGUGGGAGGUGGCCCGGGAGAAGAUCGCCAUCCUGCGGGAGCUGGGCCAGGGCUCCUUCGGCAUGGUCUACGAGGGCAUCGCCAAGGACAUCAUCAAGGGCGAGGGGGAGACGCGCGUGGCGGUGAAGACGGUGAACGAGUCGGCCAGCCUGCGAGAGAGGAUCGAGUUCCUGAACGAGGCCUCGGUCAUGAAGGCCUUCAGUUGUCACCACGUGGUGCGCCUGCUGGGCGUCGUGUCCAAAGGCCAGCCCACGCUGGUGGUGAUGGAGCUGAUGACUCACGGUGACCUGAAGAGCUACCUGCGCUCGCUGCGGCCCGACGCCGAGAAUAACCCGGGCCGCCCGCCUCCCACCCUGAAGGAGAUGAUCCAAAUGGCGGCGGAGAUCGCAGACGGCAUGGCGUACCUCAACGCCAAGAAGUUCGUGCACCGAGACCUGGCAGCCAGGAACUGCAUGGUCGCUCACGACUUCACCGUGAAAAUAGGAGACUUCGGUAUGACUCGAGACAUUUACGAGACGGACUACUACAGGAAGGGAGGGAAGGGCCUGCUGCCCGUCAGGUGGAUGGCCCCCGAGUCUCUGAAGGACGGAGUCUUCACCGCUCAUUCAGACUGCUGGUCGUUCGGGGUGGUGCUGUGGGAGAUCAGCACGCUGGCCGAGCAGCCGUACCAGGGCCUGUCCAACGAGCAGGUCCUCAAGUUCGUCAUGGACGGACAUUACCUGGACCGGCCGGACAACUGCGCAGACAGACUGCACAACCUGAUGCAGAUGUGCUGGCAGUACAACCCCAAGAUGCGGCCCACCUUCCAGGAGAUCAUCGAGAUGCUGCGGGAGGACCUGCACCCGUCCUUCCAGGAGCUCUCCUUCUUCUACAGCGAGGAGAACAAGCCGCCGGAGAGCGAGGACUUCGACCUGGACAUGGAGAACAUGGAGAGCAUCCCGCUGGACCCGUCGUCGUACUCGCAGCGGGACCAGUGUUUGGACAGGGACGAGGCCUCCUCCAUGGGCCUGAGGGGCAGCUACGAGGAGCACCACAUCCCCUUCACGCACAUGAACGGGGGCAAGACCAACGGACGGAUACUGGCCCUGCCGCGCUCCAGCCCCUCAUAACACACUGUGCCCAAAAAAAAAACAAAAAACAAAAAAACACAGUGACGCCAUAGAUUUGAAUAUAUUUUUGUUUUCUGUUUUUGUCAUCGUUUUAUAUAUAGAUCCCACUUUUUAUCACGCCCUCCUUGGAAAAGGACCCCCGCUCCCCUCAGUGCAUAUCUCAGGACUUUAUUUUUCUCUCUCCUCACAUGCCACAAACACUACAGCGAGUCCUGACUCCGACCUCAGAAGACACUUUUUGUAUUUAAGGAUGACGUCUCUCUCCUUCAUGAUUGUAGUUUAUAUACUGUACAUAUGUUGCCAAGUUUGUGAUAGACUGGGCGGAAAAUGGAUUCAACUGUGAAACAAACUCUUGACAAACAAGAAGGCUGCUAUGAAACCCCUCAGACACACACACACACACACACACAUACACACACACUGUCCCUCCACCAGUCCAGACUGUGUCCCCCCUCCUCACCCUCCCCCUCAGAGUUCAUCGCCGGGUCGAAGUGUGUCGGGAAUAAAUAAAAAGUGCCCUUCUCUGUCCGUCUGUGGCCUGCGUCGCUCGCCACGAACUCGAAAGGCUUCGGGGAAACUCUCCGCUCUCUCCCUCCAACAAACUCUGAUCCACUGGAGAAGCUGGUUGAAGUGGCUUACCUCCUCUCUCUCUCUCUCUCUCACACACACACACACACACACACACACACACACACACACACUCUGCAGUAUUCCAAGACGGCACACAGGAUACACACAGACACACUUUUGUCGGGUUAUAUAUUUUUUUAAUUUAUUUACCAGUCUCUCUCUCUCUCUCUCUCUCUCUCUCUCUCUCUCUCUCUCUCUCUCUCUCUCUCUCUCUCUCUCUCUCUCUCUCUCUCUCUCUCUCUCUCUCUCUCUGUUUUUGAGUUUUCACACUUACAGCUGAAGGAUAUUUAAACUGUUUUCAAACACAAGUUGGCGAACGAGUUCCUCAGAUUGACCAAUAGCUGCUUUGUUGGUAUAUUUUAGUGGGUAUAGAAGAUUAAAAAACAAAAAAAAAACAACCCAAAUAUAUAUAUAAAUAUUAUAUUGAUGUUUUUGUACAUAGCUGAUCUGUUGUCAUU